UGACGCGCUCUCUGCUCUCAGGUCUGAGAAGACAAGCCGCUGUCACCAUCAGCCAGGAGUUGAGCAAGCUCGCCUGCCACGGCACGGGACCCAGCACGUGGAUUAACCAGGUUCGCAGAAGAAGCUCCUUGCUCAGCUCCAGGCUGGAGGAGAAGCCCUUCAGUGAGAUGGAAAUGUCUUACAUCAAGCAAGGAGAGGAAGCCCUCCAGAAAUCGCUCAGCAUCCUCGGGGACCAGGACGGCUGGAAGACAGAGACGAUGGUGGAUAAUGGAGACAAAGUGCUGAGCAAGGUGCUCCCGGACGUGGGCAAGGUGUUCCGACUCGAGGUGGUGGUGGACCAGCCCCUGGACGCAGUGUACAGUGAGCUGGUGGACAACAUGGAGCAGAUGGGAGACUGGAAUCCCAACGUCAGAGAAGUCAAGAUUCUCCAGAAGAUUGGAAAGGACACAGUGAUCACCCACGAGAAGGCGGCCGCUACUCCCGGUAAUAUUGUCGGACCACGGGACUUCGUGAGUGUCCGGUGCUCUAAGAGACGUGGUUCCACCUGCGUCCUGGCCGGCAUGUCCACAAAAUACGGAGCUAUGCCAGAACAGGAAGGAUUUAUAAGAGCCGAGAACGGUCCCACGUGUAUGAUCCUGCGCCCGCUGCCCGGCAGUCCUUCGCAAACCAAGCUAACGUGGCUUCUCAGCCUUGACCUGAAGGGCUGGCUGCCGAAGACCAUCAUCAACCAGGUUCUGUCCCAGACGCAGGUCGACUUUGCCAACCACCUUCGGGAGCGCCUGGCCCGGACGGUGGCAGUGAGCUGCUGA